AUGCCAUCAUCUUAUCCUCAACUAUCUGGCGACAACAUCAAUGUUGCUUCGAGCACUCUCGUCAAACCUCGACCACCACAGCAAGCUACUUCUCUCCAGAACACCGCAAAGGCGGCUUUGGGUAUUGAUGACAGAGUGCCCAGCAGCAUGAUUGCGAGUUGCAACUGGCAGCUGGAUAAUGGCGAGGCCUUCACCCUAGAAAACAUGAACUUCAUGCUGGGUAUGUUCCGCGACGAGUUCCCUAAUAGUGUUUGCAUACAGCCAGCAGCGCAUCUAGAGAGUCUCCAUCUCUCUGGUAUACAGAAGCCUUUUAUCCUCCCGAUCCUUGAUACCGUGGAUGAAGGCCGGUGGUCACUUAUUCAUGUCUUCUAUCGAAACGUGAACAAAGAAAAACAUGUUCCGCAACAAGUAGACGUCCAGUACUACGACUCAGGCUGCGCACCGGGUCGCUCCGAAGUAGUCAGGAAGAAACUUGCUUCCUGGGUUGAACGUGCUUAUGGUAAACACAUGGGAGUCAGGUUCAUAGAGGCCAAAGGUCCUGUCGAUCAAGGCAACCCUAACAUGAGUGGUAUUCAUGCCAUCAUGGCGGCUCGUGAGUUCGCUCAUUAUGGUUCGGUGACGACCAAAUCAAAUUCUUGGGGUGGUGAUCCAAAGGAUCUCCUGAAGGUCAAGCUGCGACAGCAAGAACACCAGUCGCCUCAUCACCCACCUAUCGCUAACUCCUCUUGGAGUAAAGAGUCGUCAUUGUUUGUUAGCCCUCCAUCGGAUAGCUCCGGUGGACAGCACAACUCGUUCUCGAGUAUUUCUCCCAGCACUGCUGCGACUACGCCCUUCACCAGUCCUGUUUUCACUCAGCGCAAGAGGCCACGUAAAAGUGUCACUCUUGAAACCACCAACAAGACUGCAACAUCAGCUAGUUGCAACAAAGCAAAGGGAGUUCUACAUCCACGGAAUGGUCAACGCAAGGCAGCAUCCAUAAAUGCCGCCUCAUCCGCAUCUACCUCCGCGGCAAUUUGCAACAUAGAUGCAAACCAAACCAACAGCUGCGCUGACGAGCCUUGCGCUGAGCUUAGCAGCGAGCGCCAAAAUGUGGGAAAAGAUAACCCUCUUUCGCUCGAUGUCAUGAAAAAGAUGGCAGAGAUUGUUCACUUCUUUCAAGACCUUGGACUUUCCGCCGUUGAUACUCUUCAGCGGGAGCGGGAGAAGUUGUACGCUGAAUUUGCCGAGAAGGAAAAAGCCUCUAAAAGGAUGGAAGAGGAGAUGAACAUAUGUGACAAGGAAUACGAGCAGAGGAAAAAGGACCAUCGUUCUCUUGGUCAACAGUGCGAGACCAUCGAAAGCGACAUUAAGAAGAAGAGAGACUGGCUAAACGGAUACCUUACCACGCUCCCUUCGGUGUCUUACCAAGAUAAUCCGGUUGGAAUCACAGACCUAGAUAUCAUCCAGGUGAUCUCAACCGAGUUUGAGACCAAGACCAUGAUCCCUCUCCAAGACAGUCUCACCGACAACCUCAGCAGAAAGCGCAAGGCAGGUCAAAUGCUCGAGUGUGCGUGGCAGGUGUGCGAAGAGCGACAGAAGGAUUUGGACAAUGCCGGGAAUGAGCAAAAGCUCGCUGAGAUUGAGUCUCGCGAGGCGUGUAAAUGCGAAGAGCUUACAGCGAUAAUGGAGUCUUUUCUGAAGAAGACCUGGGCUUGCAAUAAGGCUUGGGAGACUGUGGAGGGUAAAGAGAAUAAAGACUGGUAUAGUGCUUUUUGUCAGAGACGAGCUCAGAUUUGA